AUGAACGAGUUCAUCAUUGUGGAGGAGCGAGGAGCUCAUAAUCAUGCAAUGGAACCAGUGGGAACACCCGGAACUCACGCAGGAUUACCCAAAACUCUGAGGGAAAUCGUCGACCGUUCAUUCUACGAAGACUGGAAUAAUGCAGUUCGACAGGAGAAACUUGAAGAGGAGGUUCGUCGCCUGGGUCUGCCACAUAAUCCACGUCUCGGUAGGCAGGUUGACAAUCGGAUUGCCUAUCUGCGCAGGGUGAAGAAUCUCAACGAAAUGAAGAAAAUCCAAGAUCAGGUAAGAAUCAUGUUGAGAACUGUUAAGUAA